AUGAACAACUCCAUCGUGGGGACUGCCACCAUGGACCAGGACAGCCACCUAACCCAAGACGAAGACACCCACAUGGUUCACAACCACACAUCUUUCGGCGCCGAGAGUUGGGGAGACAUGAGUCCGUACGGCCAUCAGAACAGCAUCUCGGAUUUCGGAGGCUUCACUUUCAUGCCAGCAGUCAGCCAUGGAUUGCCGUCCGAAUCAAUUGGCAGAAUGCCGCCUCCGCCGGCUCCUCUGCAGCCGAUGCAGUCUCAUCAACAACAAUCUCAUGCCCAGCUACCAAUGCUCAUGAUACCUUCUCAACCAACGUGGCCUAGCAUGUUAACCAACCCCAAUAGCUAUUCGGCACCUCCCUUGGGAAUGGCACCCAUCGUUGCCCCAGCACCUCCCAGGCCUACACGGCUGACAAAUGGCCCGCAGCCGCAACAACGAAGAGUAUUGACCGACGACGACCGAAAAAAAAUGUGUCAGUAUGCUGCUGAACAUCCCAAUGUGAAGCAGACGGACAUCGGCGCCAUGUUUGGCGUUGAACGAAGCACCGUAUCCAAAGUCCUACGCAACAAGGAGAAGUACCUAAACCCGGAGGCGGACAGGAGUCAGUCUCCCGCUGGCAGGCGUCAUACCAAGGGCAAGUUUCCAGAUAUCGAUCGAGCUGUUGCGGCGUGGGUCAGGAGACAGCAACAAGCUGGAUUAGCCCCCAGUGACGACGAGAUUCUCGACCAAGCAAAGCACUUCUCUCGGACUACCAACGGCGGACCUGAAGCUAGCCAGAUGAAGUCGAUCAACACCACUUGGUUGGAGAGAUUCAAGCAGAGGAACAUUCUGGUUUCGGGAAAGCUCCUGCGAAGAGCAUCGGAAACGAACAUCACGGACCACGCGAAACUAUCUGGGUCUCCGUCUCUUGGGGCAUCUGGUAUCUCACCGGCGUCGCCAACAGGACACCCAUCUCCACUGUCGGCUGACAGGAGUGAUGAAGACGCCGUACACGGUCUCGGUUUCGUCGGGUAUGGGGAUGGCGGCGCCUACAAACACACCAACUCGCAGAGCACAACCUCUCUCAACAGUGCGUUGACUGACGCAGGAAAUUCGUCCUUUUCGGGAAGCGCGAUGAGUCCCACGGCUACGUUCACGUUCUCCCCUGACCCUAACGCUGGUCAAUUCCUCCCCAGCGACUCAUCCCGUCAACUGCAUGGAGGGGCCGCUUCAAACUUCCAGAGGCCAAGGAGCCAGACCUUUCCCACUCUCGACCUAGAGUACAUGAAUCAGGCCGCGACAGCAGAGCCCAUGACUCCCAAGUACCAUCCGGCGUCCACGGCACCUUCGUCCGCGUUGGAAUCGCCGGUUCACGAAAUGGCAGCACCCCACUUUGGCUUGGAUACCGCUAUUACUUCAUCGCCGCACCUGCAUCACAGCAGUAGCAACAGCAGCAUGGCGGGCCGAUCAGCCACAACUCCAGCUGGAUCUUCCCCGACUUCCCCGACACAAGAGGAUGCUCGGAAGGCUGCGGACACUUUGCUGAGUUACAUCCAAAGUACCAAUGGGGGAGCCCUGUUGGACCAAACGGACUACGCGGUGAUGUUGAGGUUGACGGAGAAAUUGCGACUCCAGCAGCACCAGCUUGCAAAAUCCGGAGCACCUCAGUCGCUAGGCAUCUUGGAUCGUAUUCCCGAAGGUGACACCGAAUUGUCACCGCAACACGCCCAUUCGAUGUUGCAGGGCAUCAAAUCUGAGCCUGUCGUAACUUAA